AUGGGAAGUGCAAUAGUCGAAAGUAUCGAGAAAGCACCGAUGCGCGCCACUAACCAGAGUGACGAGGAACGUCUCCUGUACACUCCAUCAUAUUUCAAUGGUGGUGCACAGCUGAGGAACCGAUCAUGCUCGAGACAACUGGCUGGCCUGAAAAAAUUCAAAUGGCUCGCAUUAGCCCUGCUUGCGGUCUGCAUACUGGGAUAUCAUUUUGCGACGGACUCGUCUAUCGAUAGUACUAUCACAAUCAACAAAGCGUCGAUAGGCAAGGAUGACAAGAUAAACGAUGUGAUAAACACUACAUUCGUUCCACCUCAACGAACCGAUCACAAGGAGUUGCAGACAGAUGAAGAGGAGGGCAUGGAAGACAUUGACAAUAGUAAUGAGGACACAGAAGCUUCCGCUAUAAAAGAUAAGCUGAUAGAAGAGUCUGAUGACGACGCGCCCACAGAGACAGAAUCAAACAACAAGGCAGCACAUGUGAAGGUUUCACAGUUUGGCGAUAGUGACAUACCUGAUACUGCACCGCAACCGUGGCCCAAACUUCAUCCACUAUCGAAGAAGUCACUACAAGUUGGUUCGCAAAAAACCGAUGCCAAGUACAUGUACUAUCGUAGCAUCGGAAACGACCUGCCUCCCCGCCACGCAAUUGGACAGACGUAUGUCAAUGUGAAGUUUAUUCUGGAGAACGAGAAGGAGUUCCCCGAUGUGGAGAAGCGCUGGAUAGUCAAUCGCAUAGCGAGAGAAGAGGAAGAAAAGAAGAUUAUCGACCUCUUAGACGAAUAUAAUCAGAAAUAUAUCCACAUCCCAAUCGACUUGGAAGAAUACGCAAAGAUUGAUAUGUGGUACGAUCUACACGGAGAUCCAACCGACCCCCUUCGUGCUCAUCCAUACCUGGAUGGCACAGAUAAGCACAAAUACGAGGUCAUAGACACCACAUACCACUACAAAAACCUUUACGUCAUGCACAACAAUGGUGCGCGCAACAUCAUGCUAGAGGAUGGCAUUGCAAGCGGGGCUGAGUGGGUGUUCCCAUUCGAUGGCAACUGCUUCUUGACCGAGAAGGCGUGGAAGCUCAUGCUAUCAGGCAUCAAAAAGGAUGGCGACAAUACGAAGUAUUUCACCGUCCCCAUGGUGCGUCUGCAAUCAAAUGGCGACUUGUUCGACCCUACGUUCGAGCCGAAUGCGAAGGAGGAACCUCAGAUCAUCUUCCGAAACGACGCGAUAGAGCGUUUCAAUGAGAAUAUGCGUUACGGCCGCCGACCCAAGGUCGAAAUGCUGUGGCGUUUGAAGGUGGCCGGUCCUUGGGAUAAAUGGCCGCAGUCAGCCGGACACUGGGAAGCCAAAGAAUGGGAAGUCAGCGAAGAUAUCAGUACAAAACACCCAGUACUUGAGAUUGGGUGGAUCCCCCGAUUGUAUUCUGGGGCUGGCGAACUGGAAGUCACGGGAGCCAUUGCGAACAGAGGACUCAGUCGGACACAGGGCGUAGAGAAGCUGAUUGCGUACUUGGAUGAGCAGGUGGCACAUCUCCGUUUCGGAUUCCGAUGGGAUAGGUUGACUAUGUACAACGAGACCGUACUAGCGCUCGAGAAGAAGGCGUACACAGAGGGGACAAAUCUGAACCUGGUGAAACUCAUUGAGGAUUUAAUAGAAAUGGGUAAUAUAGGCCUUAAAGUGGGACAAUUCUCUGUAACACACAAAGAAGAAGCCCCUCCCUCGGGAAAUAAGCACGAUUACUACUCGCCUUCACCUUACUUCUGGCCCAAUCCGAAUAGAACUGAUGGUCUGCCGUACGUCCGCAGAGACGGCGAGCGUGUUCCCGGGACGGAGCUAUGGGAUGAGUUCUCGAAUAGAUACGACCGAUCUCGUCUGGCUUCGAUGUUCGGCAACACUACCAUUCUCGCUUUAAGUUGGUAUUUCACCGAUGAUCUGAGGUAUGCCACACAUGGCGCCGAGAAUAUCCGGACCUGGUUUGUUAACGAAGAAACCCGAAUGACUCCCACAAUGAUGUAUGCUCAAAUCCGUUGGGGACACAACGACAACGUUGGUGCCAACUACGGUAUAAUCGAGACUAAAGACUUGUAUUUUCUGCUGGAUGCUGUUCGUUUGUUCAUCAAGGCCGGAGAAUUCUCGGAGACUGAUACCAAAAUUCUUAAAGAAUGGUUGACCGAGUUCUCGACGUAUCUUAUUGAGAGUCCCCAGGGCUUUAACGAAUACAAGGCUCCGAACAAUCAUGGCACUUACUUUGAUGUGCAAGUAGCUGCGAUCGCCGCGUUCCUUGACGACAUCCCGAUCAUGCUCAACUACACACAGCGCUCUCAAGCACGCAUGUUAUUGCAAUUCAAGGACGGAUCUAUGCCCAAGGAGAUGGAACGCCCUACUUGUCUUCACUACAUGAUGUUCGGUCUUAUGAGCUGGACAACACUCGCGACGCUAAGCAACAACAUUGGUAUCGAUCUGUGGAAUUACUCGCACCGAGGUAGUGGACCAGAGCCUUGUAUCCAGGGCGCGGCGGUUUAUACUGUGCCUUACUUGAACAGCACAUGGUCCCAUAUUCAGGUACGUGUCUGUUUCUCCUUCAAUUUCCGGUAAGAAUUUGCACCAUCUCUCGC